AUGAGAAAUCAAUUCUUAAUUAAUGAAAAAGAACAGGUAGCAAAAAACUUGUAUAAAAUUGAAUAUAAAUUCAAGAUUGACAGAGAAAGGUUCAAAAAGGAAUUAUAUAAUCAUGUGUUGAAUCUAGUUAGUAUAUUUCAAGUUGAAAUAUUAAAUCAUAUGCCAUGUUCUAUACCCAAUUUAUUGUCGGAAAAUAUAGCUGUAAAGAAUCAGUUGUCAAUGAUCAUGGAAAACGCAGCUUCUAAAACACAAGACUACAGCCUGCUCUCAAAUGCAGCAAAAGAACACAAAAGAGAAAUUCGUAAUAUACAUUUACGCACGACAAGAUCUACAGUAAUUUCUGAAUUAGAAAAAUCUAUAAUCACAAUGUUACGUAAUAUUCGCAAAGUAGCGAAUGUUAAUUUAUCCAAAUUAGACAAAUUUAAUUAUUUCACUGAAGAGCAAUAUAUGAUGAAUAAAGAUAAUGCUAGAAUUCUAGCGGACAAAUGUGAGAUACGCUUGAAAAAUAUAGAACUGUUACUUUACUGCGAAAAAGAAAAACUUAAUAAUGCAAAGAAUCAAAAGAGAUGGUUAUCUAAUCAAUUGCAAGAACAAUUGCAAAUUUUAUACGACGUUAAACAUGUGUUAAAACAAUUCAAAAUAAAUGAUCAUGAACAACAAAAAUGA